AUGGAGAAGUAUAUUCAGGUGACUGUUUAUGCUGAGGAUGGUGGGAAUCCUUCCUUGCAAGGCUGGUGUGCAUUCAGACUCCAAGUGCAGGACAUCAACGACAACGCGCCAAAGUUUGACAAAACCCAGUAUAUUUCCAACAUAACCAUUGACACCAGGGUUGGAACAACUUUCCUGACAGUCCGUGCUUACGAUAACGACACAGGUGUUAACGCUGAGGUCGAAUACUCCUUCCUCGAUAGCUCUAACGGCACCUUUGGCAUCGUCUCGUCCAACGGUUUCAUCUACCUUGACAAACAGCUUCAGCAAGGGAAGACUCAGUACAGUCUGAGAGUGAUGGCAAAGGACAAGGGUGUACCCCCCCUUAACAGCACAGUUUCAGUUACUGUGAACGUCAUAACCAGCUCCAACAAACCACCCAGCUUUGACAAGAACUACACGGGAAUGGUGUACACUGUGAGUGAAAUGGCGGCACAAGGUGUCCCCAUUAUCCAAGACAUCACGUGCAACUCCAACAUAGACGAUCCGCGCGUGGACUUCCAGCUCGCCGAUGCCAAUUCGGGAACCUUCGACACUUCACAAUUCUUCUACAUCAGGAAGUCCGACAGUUCCCCCAACAAGGCCACCGUCUACUCCAACGGCGUCUUCGACUUUGAGACCAAGCAAAGUCACAUCGUUCGCCUGCGCUGUCUGAAUUAUGGUUCGGUGACCUUGUCCACUGAGAUCAACCCUGUAGUUCAGCUCUUGGAUGCUAACAACAAGCGGCCGACUUUCGUUGGAACUGACGGUGAUGGCCGCUUCCAGGGCUCGGUGACCGAGAACUUGGGUCCUGGGCAAGAAUGUCUGACCAUUACCGGCCAGGACUUGGACAUCACAGCAAACUUUAGCAAGCUGACAUUUGAGAUCUCUGCCGCCGACAACGGCACUAACAACAUGGACUUCGAACUCGUCCGGAAAGAUGACCGAUCUGCGGUUCUCAAAAGCAAACGAUCCUUCGACCGCGAGACAAAAGAAUUAUACUUGAUAAACGUCAUCGCUAAGGACGGGGCACCCUCAGCAGUUCUCAUCAAUGAUGUUAACGACAACCCUCCAUACUUCGAACAGACUUUGUACAACCUGACUGUGCCUGAAGACUUUAACCUCAACACGCUCAUCGAGCCUUAUGUUACGGCUAAAGAUCCCGACAGUUCGGACAGUAAUAGACUGUCUUAUUUCAUUGAUUCUGGUAACGGACAGAUUCCAACAUUUGGUGUGAGAGAAGGCAAUGGGGCUCUCUUUCUCGUGCGGAAACUUGACUACGAGAACAAUGACAGGUUUUUUCAACUAAAACUGCGAGCGUUUGAUGGAAUACAUUCAGCGACCACGACAGUCAAUGUGCUUGUUACGGAUGUCAAUGACAACAGCCCCGUCUUAUUACCCUCGUCGUUGAUCAUCCGAAAUAUCGUUGAAGAAGACGAUAGCGUCAGGGCCAACCCAAGGCUUCUGCUGCAGUUUAACGUAACUGACGCAGACGUGGACCGCCCAAACAAAUUCCAGUUCUCUAUCACCAGUACAUCGCUAUUGAGCUUCUUUAGAAUCGACAGCACCACGGGACAGCUGUUCCUCACCGACAAACUCGACCGUGACCUGCCCAACGGGCGUGACACGUACAUCGUAGACGUGCAGGUGACAGACGAGCUGACAAAUCCAUUGAGUGGCUUCGCCUCUGUCUCCGUCCUGCCGCUAGACAUCAAUGACAACGACCCCAAGUUCAUCAACGGCUCUCUAGUGGGCAGCGUGAACGAAAAUUCAGAAAAAGGGUCUUCUGUGAUGCUGGUGCAGGUGUUCGACCCGGACUACAUGGAGAACGGUACUGUGGUCUUUAGCAUCCUCAAUAGCUACAGCAAGAACGCCACUGGCAACUACUUCGCAAUCGACGCCAACACAGGCUACGUCACUACCAACGUAGCCAAGGAACUGCUGGACCGCGAGAAGGACCCCGAACUUUACAUGGUCGUCAAACUCGCCGACAAGGGAACGCCCCCUCGCAGCUCCACCGGCACCAUCACCAUCUCUCUCACUGACAUUAACGACAAUCCGCCAAUAUUCCAGAAGAAAAUUUACAAAGUGGAGAUGUCGGAGUCGCUCCCCUUUGGCGGAAAUGUCAUCAGUGUAACAGCCACCGACGCGGACAUUGGUGUCAACGCUAACUUGAUCUACGACCUUCAAUCGUCAGCUGACAGAAAAUACUUUGAUAUCUUGACGAUGAAGAACGUGGGAAACAUCAUUGUGUUCAAGGCGGUAGACUACGACCCUCCCAUGAAUGAGAAGUUCUUCAACCUAACGGUCUCGGUGACUGAUGGGAGGUUCACUGAUACAUGCUACGUGGAAAUCAAGGUGACCGACUUUAACGACAAUGCUCCUCAGAUCCAGCCUCAAACUCUCACUGUCAACAUCUCAGAGAAUGUCGUCGUCGACUAUCUCUUGGCUUACUUCUCAGCAACGGAUAUAGACGAAGGCAUAAACAGCGUGUUCCAAUUUUCUAUUGACCGCCAGACAGACCUGUUACGUCAGUUCACCGUUGACCCUUCCGGCGGUGUGGUACGUGUUCGCCGCCCGCUGGACCGAGAGACAACUCCAUCAUACAGUCUGCAUAUCCUUGCCAUUGACGAAGGUGACCCAGUGCAAACUGGAACAGCAACUCUCAACGUUAUUUUGGGAGAUGUGAACGAUAACUACCCGACCUUUAAGGACAACUACCAACCGCAAGUGCCGGAGAAUGACCCUAACUUCAGGGACAUUCAGAGUAUUUUUGCUAAGGACCCAGACCUGCCUCCAUUCAGCUUCCCCUACGGCUUCAAUCUCGCGCCGUGUAACGACAAUGACGUCUGUCAGGCCUUCGGUUUUCGGGUAGACAGAGCUGGUGACAACGGUAACGGCACUGCUGUCAUAACCUCGAAGAUGACGUACGACAGGGAGAAACGCAAAUAUUACCUAAUCCCCAUCAUUAUGUGGGACAUGUACGCGACCGGAAGUUCAUUGUCUCAGACUGGAACCAACACUCUCACUGUCACCAUCGCUGACAAGAACGACAACCCCAUGAAAGAGGGGCAUCAAGACAUCUUUGUCUUCAACUACAAAGGGAUGUUCGGUCCCAUCGACAUCGGCCGCGUCUACGUGAAUGACCCUGACGACUGGGACUUGCCCGACAAAACAUUCACCUUCCUGGAACCUAAAUGGAUGGAGGCGUACUUCAAGGUGCAGAGCAACGGUACCAUCGUCAUGGAGAAGGGUGUGCCUAGCAACAGCGACAAAGAAAAAUACACUUUCAGUGUCGAGGUGGUAGACAAUGUCAGGAAAGAAAAGGUCGUCGCGACUGUCUCCGUUGUUGUGAACGACCUCAGCGACGAGGCCGUCCGAUCUUCUGGCGCCGUACGUCUCCAAGGAAUCUCUGCCGAGGAUUUCAUCAAGCGACCGCCGCUGGACGCCAGCACGUACGGCGAAAGCAAAUACGACAAGUUCCGGAAGUUGUUGGCAGCGAAGCUGGGCACGGCGCUGGAAAACGUGCUGAUCAUCAGCGUGCAGGACGUGGAGGGCGGUGUCUACAUCGAUGUUUGCUACACGGCUCAUGGCUCGGCCUACUACCAGUCCCCGCAGACCGACAGCCUGAUCGUCAACAACCUACAAGAGUUUGAGAAUACUGCUGGUGUCAGCAUUAGCCAAGUACCCAUUGACAUGUGCGCUCAAGAGAUUUUUGAAGGCGGGUGCUACAACUACCUCGAUAUCACCGGCCGACCCGCAAUGGUCAAUUCCAACGGAACGUCGUUCGUGGGGGUCGAGGCCUUCGUCAGGGCGAAGGAAGGAUGCCGUGCAAAGGACUUUCCUGAUCUUGUGGAAUGUUUUGGAGACUACUGUUACAACGGCGGAACGUGCCAAAAAGAUGACUUUGGAGUUCUGUCAUGCCUGUGUUUGUCCGGAUAUGAUGGCCCGCGCUGUCAGCAGUUGCGGCACAACUUCGACGGCAAGUCAUACGCGAUGUACCCGACUUUGGAGCAGUGCGAGGACGGCCAAACCUCUAUCGAGUUCAUCACUACUCAGUCGGAUGGUCUCCUUCUCUACAACGGACCCAAGGUCACACCUCCUGCAGACCAGCCACCUGACUUCAUCUCUCUGGAGUUGCGGGGCGGCUUUCCUGUCUUGAUGAUCGACCACGGGUCAGGCUCAACAACCUUGACCGUCGACGGGAAAAAUGCGAACGGAAAUGUCAUCAUAAGCACUCUGGCAGACGGCAAGUGGCACCGCAUCGAUAUCAUCCGAACUGGCAAGCACGUGGAAAUGAUUGUUGAUUUCUGCGAGAGCGCAGCGGAGAAGAGCGUGGGCGGUACUUUAGACGACCGCCCUUGUCGAGCAACAGGCAACACCCCGGGUACCUACUCAUUCCUUAACGUGGGUACUUUGCUUCAGCUGUACGAUCUAUAUUACAAAGAAAUCGCAGGCGUCUCUUCCGGCCAGAACGGCUGCCCACGCGAGGAUACCAUAUGUGGCGCCACCUGUGGUGUGAAUGGUGUUUGCACAGCCAGUCUUACACCUCCUCAGGCCACCUGUGUCUGCAAGCCGGGAUGGCGGGGAGAUCAGUGUACUACAGCGACUACUAUUCGAGACCUGGGAAAGGCGCCCACCUACCUGACGUGGACUCUGAGCUCCAGCUUUCUGACCGGCCUUCUCCCUUGCAAGGUGGAGAUGCAGGCCAUGUUUCGCACACGUAGUAAGACCGGUGUCAUCUUCGCCACCUACGGCAGAAUCAACAGCCAGUACAUAGUAGUACAGAUCCAGAACGGCACGCUGCAGGUCAUCUAUAACCUCGAUGACAUUGAUAAGACUCUGGAGCUGUCGCACGGCAAUGUCAGCAAUGGACAGUGGCAUGUGGUCAGAGUCAUGAGAAAUUUGCAGCACGUGACACUUAUUUCAGACGGAGGUGAAGGACGCAACUACAACUUCUCUCGGGGGAGUCCCACUGGAAACUUUUCAGUGACCUUGCGAGACACCGCCACUGUAGGAGCAGUUAUGAGCAGUCUUCAAGGCCAAACGGUUUAUGACAGGAAUCUUAUUGACACGUGCGUCCAGGACAUCCGCCUCAACAAUGUCGGAUUUCCGAUGACUCGGUCAGAGAACACAGGCCAAUAUGACACGGGGCCAGAUCUUGCAGGAAAACGCCAGAUCCGCCAGGGAAUAACCUCUUCGGAACACGCCUUCUGCCGAGCAGCUCUGCCUUACUUUGAGGGCAUCAUGCCAUUGACUGAGUGUAACCCAGAUAGCAUGAAAACAUUUUAA